UGCCACUGUUCUGUCACCAGCUGUUGUGCCUUGUGACCAGAGUGUCUUACUUCUGCAUUUACGCACACGGUUUUCGGAGUGAUUUAAAGCUUGAUGUAGAAUACACACUGGCUCAAAGCUGGGCGACUGGUGAGGCUGACCGGUGCAGGACAAGCAGGGAAGAGCUGCGAGAGAGAGAGAAAAAGAAAGAGGGAGAGAGAGCGUCUAGCAGAGCAGCCCCUCAGGAUGAAGAAAAGCAGGAGUUCACAGGGGGUUACACUGGCGGAUGACCAUACCGUGGGACCAUUUGCCACAGCCAACACCCUCAGCGUAGACGUGUGCAGAGUCCACAGGCGGUUCUCCGGCACCCUGCUGCUGCCGCCGUUGUCAUGGCGACAAGCAGAAAAGGAGAAGGACAGGGGCAGGCCGCUCACACCCGAGGAGGACCCGGUGACCCGGUCCAGACCCACAAGUCUGCCCAUCUCCACCCUGCCACGCAUCGACAUCACAGAGGCUGACCCCGACAGCUGCGAAGUGGAGAAUGGCCCUCUGCUGUGCUGCAGUCCGUCGGACCCGGCGUCCCCGAGCUCCGGUCUGGUUCUACACCCCAACUAUAGCGGCCACGGUCAGCGCAGGGAGUCCUUCCUGUACCGCUCUGACAGCGAGUAUGAUCUGUCGCCCAAGUCCCUGUCACGAAAGUCAUCCAUUGGUGGAGAUCUGCACGGAGAGGACUUGAUUGUGACUCCGUUUGCUCAGGUUCUAGCAAGCCUUCGGACCGUCAGGAACAACUUCACCACUUUGACAAAUGUACAAUGUGCAUCCCAUAAGAGGUCUCCUGCUGCAAAUCAGCCGUCUGUCACCAAAGUCUGUCUGUCAGAUGAGUCCUACCAGAAGCUGGCUAUGGAGACAAUGGAGGAGCUGGACUGGUGUCUGGACCAGUUGGAGACCAUCCAGACCUACCGCUCUGUCAGUGACAUGGCCUCCAACAAGUUCAAAAGGAUGCUGAACCGGGAGCUAAGUCACCUGUCUGAGAUGAGUCGCUCUGGCAACCAAGUGUCCGAGUACAUCUCCAACACCUUCCUAGACAAGCAAAAUGAGUUGGAGCUUCCAUGUCCAGUACCAAAGUCCAGGGAGAGGAAGCGGAGGCAGGGUCAGCAGCAGCAGCAGCAGCAGGGCGGGAUGAUGACUCACAUCAGCGGGGUGAGGAAGGUCAGCCACACGCCCAGCAUCUCGGGGAGCAGCUGCAAUCGCUUCGGGGUCAAGACAGACCAGGAGGAGUUGCUGUCCAAGGACCUGGAAGACAUCAACAGAUGGGGGCUGAAUAUCUUCAAAGUGGCCGAGCACUCCCACAACCGACCCCUCACAUGCGUCAUGUACACCAUCUUUCAGGAGCGGGAUCUGAUGAGGACGUUCCAUAUUCCAAAGGACACCUUUGUGACUUUCAUGCUGACCCUGGAGGACCACUAUCACUCCGACGUGGCGUACCACAACAGCCUGCACGCCGCCGACGUGGCCCAGUCCACGCACAUCCUCCUGUCCACCCCUGCACUGGAUGCCGUCUUCACUGACCUGGAGAUCCUCGCAGCCAUUUUUGCCGCGGCCAUUCACGACGUGGACCACCCUGGUGUGUCCAACCAGUUCCUCAUCAACACCAACUCUGAGCUGGCUCUGAUGUACAACGAUGAGUCAGUGCUGGAGAACCACCACUUGGCCGUGGGCUUCAAGCUGCUGCAGGAAGACAACUGUGACAUCUUCCAGAACCUCACCAAGAAGCAGAGGCAGACGCUGCGGAGAAUGGUCAUAGACAUGGUGUUGGCGACCGACAUGUCCAAACACAUGAGCCUGCUGGCCGAUCUGAAGACAAUGGUGGAGACCAAGAAGGUGACGAGCUCCGGAGUCCUGCUGCUGGACAACUACACAGACAGGAUGCAGGUUCUGAGGAACAUGGUUCACUGUGCCGACCUGAGCAACCCGACCAAACCUCUGGAGCUGUACCGCCAGUGGACGGACAGGAUCAUGGACGAGUUCUUCCACCAGGGAGACAGAGAGAGGGAGCGCGGGAUGGAGAUCAGCCCGAUGUGUGACAAACACACAGCCUCAGUGGAGAGAACACAGGUGGGCUUCAUCGACUACAUCGUCCACCCUCUGUGGGAGACGUGGGCCGACCUGGUCCACCCGGACGCCCAGGACAUCCUUGACGUGCUUGAGGACAACAGGAACUGGUACCAAAGCAUGAUCCCCGAAAGCCCCUCCCCUCCCUUCUACACAGAGGGGAGCCCAGACGGGGAGGGGGAGGGGGGACCCGUGAUGAGUAAAUUUCAGUUUGAGCUGACGCUGGAGGACGAGGACGAGCAGGUGGGAGACGUGGAGGCCGGGAUGAUGGAGACCACCGACGGACAUGAUAAUCUGACACUCCAGAGCCAUCCCUCCGAUGAGGAUGGGGCCCCCCCGGCGGAAACCUAGCUGGACCGGACGGGGUUCUUAGAGCGCAGCGUGAUUGGCUGCUUCUGGUUAAAUUCCUUUUAUUGCAGUGGAGCAAUCCUGCAAUCGUGGCUCUUCAGGAGCUGCCUGGCUAAGGGGCUGACUAAAUGUGGGGCACCCCUGCAAAUGAAGCUCGGAAACCCUGUGGCCGUUAGAUUUUGAGCCCUUGAAGGGAGCUGAACGAGCGCAGCCUCCGGUCUUUGGAAGAAGGGACUGACUGUGGGGCUGCGGAGGCUGAGUCUCAAUCCUCACAGACAAAUAAGACGACGUAGAUGAUGUGAAUCCGUGAACUGGGACAAGUGAGAUUUCCAAAACUUGCACUUCAGGACACUUUUUUAUGUUCAUUACGAUUUCUUUUGCAUCAUGUUCGAGACUGGAGGCCACCUGGUGAAGUGUCCAACCAAAACUACUGGUCAGCAAGUUAUUUGUUACCAAUUCUGUUUUUUUCUAACACUUGUCAAGAGCAAAAGUUGUGUGCCUUUUUUUUUUCUUUUUACAACCGUGUCUUUUUGUACAUGUUUUUAUAAUUUAUUGAACACAAUCAUGUAGCUGUAAUAUGUGUCAACAUUUUCUACAAUAAGGACAUCUUUGUCUCACACAGUCUUCCUAAUGUUCUGGCAAUAUUAUAAGCUUCUCACAAAAGCGUCGAGUGAAGGUGUUUCUAAAAAAUCUGUUGACUUCCCAGCACAAUUUGCACUUUGUGGCAAGAGGAAGAGAGGGUGGAGAGCAUCAGUGAUUUACACAAUCAAUUUCUAUCCAAUAAUACAUCACAUAAUUAGAAAAUUACUCAUAUUUCAGAUCGAUGGAUCGUCAAAUUGCAAAGAUCCUGCACAGAAAGUGUUAACAAAGCAUUUUGAUGAAUUCACUUCCGCGUCUGAACAGUGUGAUCCCUGCUUUCAACGCCCAGAUCAGUGAAAUUUACCCCAAAAUAUCUCGUAUAAAAUUCCAUAACCUUAUAUUGUAUCGUGCUGAGCUAUAUUCCAGUGUGUGUCCUCAUUUUAUCAGCUCUCACACACACACACAGCUGUUGAGGUUUACUGAAUCACAUCCUCGUGAAUACACUUUACACCGUAUCUGGUUCUGAACUAUGAGUGACUGUAAGACUGUGUGCACAUUUAAACAGACACCUGUCAGUGACAUGAUAACUGUAUCUUCUAGUUAUUAUUAUUAUUAUUAUUAUUGUUAUUCCAGCACUUUGACUAUGACGACAGUUCCGCAGCUGGUUGCUGAUCUGUCCAACACUACCUUAAAGGUACCACAUUGUAAGGGCGCAGCCUUCAGAAUAAUGGGGAGCGAGUGUGUGAGCGAGUGUGUGAGCGAGUGUGUGAGUGAGUGUGUGCGUGAGUGAGUGAGUGGUUACACAGUUGCACAAUCUUGUUACACCCAGCUGUGCUGUGCUGACCCUUCAGCUGUUUGUAACAGUGUAUUUAUUACCUUUUCUCCUUGUACCUGAUGAUAUUGAUAUUGAUCAAUAAUAUUCACUGUAUAUUUGUUAUUAUUUAUAUGCACUACCACGCGUCAAAUCCACAGUUUGACUGAAACACGUCUGGUGGUUCUGAUUCGUUGUAUUAAGCAAAGCAACUUUGCUAUGAAGACCAAAAACAUGGAGUUAUACAGUUCAGUUUUUUGGGGGGGGGGAUUUAGGAGUCUGAAAUGUUUGGUUCGAGAUUCCAGCCGGAGACAUUUGUACAGUCUGAAGCAACACCACCUCAUGAGAGGUGCAGAGGAAGCUCUUUGUCUUUUGUUCCUGGCGGAUCAUGAAGAAUGAUGAUCUACAGUAUUUGCUGCAGUAUUGUUGUGUACGGUGACGGGUCAUUGUGCAGCUUUAAGAAUAUUUGCUGAAAUAUAUGACAUUGUUUCAAAUGUAUUUUUUCAGUGUUUUCCUCACGAUAUAUGGUAAAACGGUGUAUGUUGUGCUCAACAAAUGUUUUCUAUCAGAUUAUUAAAAUGGGCAUGUAUUACAGAA